CCCACUGCAUGCCUUGGAUACAUGCUCCUAAUCAGCUUACAAGAUUUCCUUGACCGACGCUUCUUUACCUAACGCUGAUCUGACUAUGGCUGUCCUCAGAGUAAAAUUCACCAAAACCAGGAGGGACAAAUUGGCCCAGAUCUUAUGGAUCCUCAACUGGGUUUCUGUAGUGAGCGGGGUCAUUCUCUUCAGCCUUGGCCUCUUUCUGAAAAUAGAGAUCAAGAAGCGCAAUGAAGUGAUGGCAAAAGGGGACAUUAACUCUGUCCCCAACAUGCUGAUCUCUGUAGGGGUCAUAGCAUGUAUCAUCAACUUUCUGGGUGGCAAAAUCUGUUAUGACUGCUCAGAUGCCAACAAGUUCUCUCGAUGGAAACUAGUCAUGCUCCCAUACAUCGUAUGUACCUUCUGCUUUACCUUCUCCAUACUGGUGGGUGCUCUCAUGUGUUAUACCAUGAGGAAUGAGCUGGAAGAGUCUCUCUAUCUAGGACUGAGGGAUGCUAUUAAGUUCUAUAAGGACACAGACAUACCCGGACGAUGUUUCUUAAAAAAGACAGUGGAUAUGCUACAAAUUGGAUUCCGAUGCUGCGGAAACAAUGGCUUUAGAGACUGGUUUGAGAUUCAGUGGGUAUCUCCUCGGUAUCUGAAUAUGGCUUCCAAGGAAGUUGUGGACCGUCUAAAGAGCAAUGUUGACGGGAAGUUCUUGGUGGACGGAGUACCCUUCAGCUGCUGCAACCCAAGCUCCCCACGGCCCUGUAUCCAGUACCAGCUGACAAACAACAGCGCUCACUACAACUAUGACUUUCUGACAGAGGAGCUCAAUAUCUGGAUGAAGGGAUGCAGAGAGGCCCUGCUGGAUUACUACACAGAUAUUAUGAGAUCCAUCGGUAUUGCAGCACUCCUUAUUUGGUUGUUUGAGCUCUCUGUACUCAUUGGUGUCCGGUACCUACAAACAGCAAUGAAGAAUGUCCUUCUCCUAGGAGAUCUGGAGGGUGAAUCAGAUGGUUGGUUACUAGAAAACAGCUUUGUGGAAACUGCCAAAUACAACAUCAACAUCAUUAAGAACCUCGGCAAAGCCAACCAGAUAUCCACUGUUUCGGGCAUGAAUGACCCCAAUAUUGAUGUUCAAAACACAAACUGUGGCAAAAACAAUAUUACAGCAAAAUCUAUCCCAGCAGGUAGCUAGGCAAAUCUUCAAAGAAAACUCAUCACAAAUGUAGC